AAUCUACACAGUGACGUUUUAAAGCCUCAAUAGUCACAUUUCAUCUUAUUUCACUCACUGACCGCGAAUUAUUUUUUGAACGGGUCAACCGCCAAUAACCGUCAAUCGUGCGCGUGAUAGAAUCGUUGGCGUUCAGGGUUAAUUAGAAAGACAGCGGUCUAGUUUCGUCGCGUCGCGGACAGUUUAGUCGUUAUUUUGAACGUGACUGUGGAUCCUCUCUCUCUCUCUCUCUCUCUCUCUCUCUCUCUCUCUCUCUCUCUCUCGCUGUGGUCUGCUCACUUUAAAGCAGUUAUAAGCGCAGAGGACCCACAGACACCAGCAGCAAAGCUCCUAGCGCGGAAUAACGUCCACUACCGGAGCCCUACCGGACUUUAACAGGCGUCUUUUUCAACCGAAUCCUCAGGACGAUGUUCCUUGUGCAGUACACAGGUCUGAAUCCGCUGCCCUUUGACCCCGCCACGAACAACGAACCCCUGCAAUUCAACAGCUCCAAUGGUCCUCUGGUCUCCGACUGUCCUCUGGAAAACGGAACAGAAAACAGCAAAAAGAGAAAGAGACCCAACCUUCCUCCAGAGGGGCUCAGAAAUAUCGGCAUGGACGCCAACUCUUUAGCGAUGCCCAUGUCGGACCCUAAUGCUUGGGCGACUGCCAUGAACAACCUCGGGAUGGCCCCCAUGAGCAUGACUGGACAACCCAUCAUGCCAGAUUUUGACCCCAGCCUCGGCAUGAUGACUGGAAUUGCUCCGAUGAACCCCAUGAUGCCCGGCCUUGGGAUUGUGCCCCCGCCGGUUUCGCAAGACAUGCCCAUCGUGAAGGAAAUCAUCCACUGCAAGAGCUGCACGCUUUUUCCGCCCAAUCCUAACCUGCCUCCCCCUGCCACCAGAGAGAGACCGCCCGGCUGUAAGACGGUGUGUGGGGGUUUGCCAGAGAACGCCACAGAGCAGCUCAUUGUGGAGGUGUUCGAACAGUGCGGGAGUAUCAUCGCCAUCCGCAAGAGCAAGAAGAACUUCUGUCACAUCCGCUUCGCUGAGGAGCACACGGUGGACAAGGCCCUCUUCCUGUCAGGUUAUAGGAUCAGGCUGGGAUCAAGCACAGAUAAGAAGGACACAGGCCGGCUGCAUGUAGAUUUCGCUCAGGCUCGAGAUGACCUGUACGAGUGGGAGUGCAGACAGCGCAUGCUGGCCCGGGAAGAGAGGCACCGGCGCAGGAUAGAAGAGGACCGCCUGCGGCCCCCCUCGCCGCCCCCCAUCGUCCAUUUCUCUGAGCACGAGUGCAGCCAGUUAGGAGAAAAGCUCAAAGACGACUCCAAAUUUGCCGAGGCGGUGCGUGUCCUUCUGACCUGGGUGGAGCGAGGGGAGGUAAACCGCAGAAACGCCAACAACAUCUAUUCCAUGAUCCAGUCCUCCAACAGCCACAUUCGCCGGCUGAUGAACGAGAAGGCCGCACAUGAGAAGGAGAUGGAGGAGGCCAAGGAGAAGUUCAAAAACGCCCUUGCUGGGAUUUUAGUACAAUUUGAGCAGAUUGUGUCUGUAUUCCACGCUGCUUCCAAACAAAAGGCAUGGGACCAUUUCUCCAAAGCCCAACGCAAGAACCUGGACAUGUGGCGAAAGCAAGCAGAGGAGAUCAGAAACAUCCACAACGAAGAGCUGAUGGGUAUUCGGAGGGAGGAGGAAAUGGAGAUGUCGGAUGAUGACAUGGAGGAUGCCCCGGAAAGUAAGGAUUCGGAUGAUUCAGGGCCGCUGGCUCAGGUGGAGGCUCUGAAAGAAGAGAACGACAGUCUGCGGUGUCAGUUGGAUGCCUACAGGAAUGAGGUGGAGCUUCUGAAACAGGAGCAGGGUAAAGCGCAGCCCCAGCGCAGCGAGGAGGACGCCACCCGCCAGCAGCAGCUCAGCUUCCUGCAGCAGGCUCUGCAGGGCAUGCAGAAGCAACUGCUCAAGCUUCGCGAGGAUCUGAAACAGAGAGAGACGGAGCUGGAGAAGAACUCGGAGGAAAAACAACAGCUCGAAAGCCAGAUCCAGAGUCUGAAAGAUCGGAUUCAAGCUUUCCCCACAUCACACGCUCUGCCCCUGGAGACGGCCGAGCGGGAGGACAGAGGAGGCGAUGAAAGCACCAAUCACUCCAGCGAGGCGGCGGCCGUGGUGUCCUGCAGCCAGGAGAAGGAGAGCCUGCCGGAGAAAGGGCCUCCCAGCCCGGUGAAGUCAGAGCGAGAGGCUCUGCUCGUGGGAAUCAUCUCAACGUUUCUUCACGUCCAUCCUUUUGGAGCCAGCAUCGAAUAUAUCUGCUCCUAUUUACAGCGGCUGGACACCAAGAUCAGCACCACAGAGGUGGAGACUCUUCUGGGUCGGCUGCCCUGCACGUUCAAGCAGGAGUUGACAGGCGUCGGGGCGAGUCUGGAGAAACGCUGGAAGUUCUGUGGGUUUGAGGGCAUUAAGACGGCGUAGAGACACGGGACGCGGUUGCCACUAGAAAAACAAAAACGGCCGAUGGACCGGAGGGGUCUCAACCAAUCACCUCCCAGCUCUCCGCGUCCAUCCGCCGCCCCAUGAGUCUCUAAUCUCAGAAACAUUCUAGAGCUGGAGAUCCUCAAGACUUCGGUGUGUGUGUGUGUGUGUGUGUAGUAUGAUUUAGUAUGUGUACACACGAGCACACUCCGGCGUGCGUGUGUGUGUGUGUGUGUGUGUGUGUGUGUGUGUGUGUGUGUGUGUGUGCACCACGUGAACGGACCGUACGCUUGUACCACACAAUGAAAAACUCAUCGGGGAAAAAAAUCAGGGUUUGCUGAACCGAGGACUUGAACUGUCAACAUGCAUUUUCUUGUUCCACCUCUGAUUUGUAAAAAAGAAA